AUGACUGGCGACGUCUAUGGUGGAGACAGGCUCCACCAAGUCUAUGGUCGAGACCGUACGCACAACCCAGCAGCUGCUGCACCACGAGGAGGAGGAGAACGGAUCGGCAGCAGCAGUGACCUCGGUUCGGGGACGGUACAGCGGCGACGGGAGGAUCUUGGCAUCAGCGGGGACCAGACAGGAGCACUGGAGAGCCGAGGGUCGCCUUACUCUGCGGGAUCGUUUUCGAACGCCGGUCCCCCGCCGCUGCCGCCGGGAGGGCACCACCAGCCCCAGGGACGCCUCUCCGCACCGCCGCCAAGGCCGGGCCAACGCCCUUCGUUCGACGCCAAAGUGGCCUCUGAGUUCCUUCGACUGAGAGAAUCCAGGGUUUCUCCCCGUGACAGCCCUGCUGAAAUUACUAGCGGAGGAAGGUGGGCAGGAGCACCGGCACCGGAAGCGUUCGAGUCGGACGUGGCGAGAGCCAUGCGUGAUCUCGAGGUUCGGCUGGCGACGGCGGCGGCGGCGGGGGGGGGAGAAGCAGGGGGGAGGGGAGGCGAUGAUGCUGCUGCUGCCGUUGACGGCGGCGGGGGGAGGUGGGUGAAUGGAUCACGGCAAUCUUCUUCGUCUUCGUUGCGGCCUCCUCCUCCUGCUCCUCCUCCGCCAGCAGUGUCGGCGCGACCGGAGCAUUCUGACGACCUCUCCGCGGGCGGCGAAGGCAUGCUGUCUCAGAUGGACAUGCACAGGGUGGUCUCGCGCGGAGGCAAAGGAAAACCCGGUGGGCUGAGGGGUAUGUGGAACGACGACGGUGGGGUUGAAAGAGACGAAACUGGGGCGCGUCGGCCCAAGCCGCAACGAGGAGGAGACUUAGUGGGCAUGCAGGAUGAGCAGGUUAACGCUCCUCCCGAAACCAGGGGCGCGAUGCCUUUCCCCCUUGGCGACGGGCGAAGGCACUCGUCUGUGCAGCAGACGCGAAGGCAAGGGCCUGGGCUAAAGGGCAUGUGGGGCGGAGACGACCCCGCAGCUGCUACUCCCGCCUCUUCUCUCCGCCCGCAGCGGCAAGGGCCCGGCCUCCGGGGGCUGUGGUCCGGCCCGGACAUGGCGGCGGCCGACAUUGCGAGGAGCGAAGCCCAGGCGGCGUAUUUCGACGCGUUGACCCGGGACGUCCAAGAGAAGCGGCAGCAGCUGCUGCUGCGCGGCGGGUCGACCGUGCGAGGUGGUGGUGGCGGGGACGACAGCACGGACAAGGCCAUAGACAGGGCGAAGAAGGCGGCGUACGCGGAAGAGCUCCGCAAGCAGAUGGCGGAGAAGGAGGCGCGCAGGGCGGCGAUGGACGAUGACGGCGCGGCGGGUGGCCGUCGUCGCCGAGCUUCCACAGGCGGUCGCGUGGGCGGCGGCGGUGGCGACAAUCGCGCGCUUUUCACGCCGCGAUCGGACGGCCGAGAGAACCGUCCCGUCCACAGCGUGGGAGGGCCUUCCGCGGGGUCGCCUUUGAGAGACGGCUGGCCUUCUGACGCGUGGUCGACCCCUCCCCCAAGCGGCAGCGGCGGCGGUGCCGUAGACGGCGGCGGCGGCGGCGGCGGCGGCGGGGGCGCCCGCGGUGGACCGGGCAGCGGCAGCGACGGCCAGCUUUCCGCCGCCCGCCGCCGGCUGGUCGAGGACGUAUACGGCGGUGGUGGAAUGGGUGCCGCCUUGGGUGGCACGGGCUACCGCCGCGCCUCGACGGUCAACUACGGUGCCCGUAGCGGCGGCGCCCGCCCCCAAAGCGCGACGGGGCCAGGUGUCAUGGGUGGAGAGCUUCUCGUUGACGCUAGAGCAGCCGGCGGGGUGGAAGGGGCGGCAGUGACGGCGGGCGGGGGUCCCUCGUUCCUGCGAACGGGGGCGGGUGUGCAGAGCCUCCGUGAGUCCGAACACGGCGACAGCAAGUUGCAGAGGAGGGCGGCGGCCCUGGAGCAGCAGCGAGCGCUGGAGGCGCAGAUCGCCGCGAAGGCCAGGGCUAGGAAGCAGGACGAGGAGGAGAGGAAGCGGGAGGAGGAGGAGGAAGCAAGGCAACAGCGUGAACGGCUUCUCCAGGUAGAGGCCGAGGCAGAGGAGGAAAGGCGGCGGAAACAGCUGGAGCAACAGCAGCAGCUGCAGGGCUUGUACCGACAGCAAGAAGAAGCCUUGCGGAAGAAACGCGUUGGUGGCGGUGGUCGCCGCCAAUCGCCGAAAGACGACGGGGAAGAUGCCGCCUACUCCCGCGCCCCUGUGCACGGCGGCAACACGUCCGUCGCGAACGAUAGCAGCAGCGUAGGCGUAGCGGCAGGGCACUUCCCACCGAGUGGUGGGGGCGGACGCGGCGAUGGCGACAUUCGACAAGGCGAGCUACAGCACAGGCAAGCAAUCGACGGCGCGUUCCCCUCGGCCCGUGGGGGCGGCAAUGCCAUUGGCGGCAGCGGCGGCGGCCGCCAGGCUCGACACCGACGUAGCAUCAUCCCGGACGUUGACGAUCUCCCAGCGGGGGCGUACGCACGCGCGCAAGUCCUGCGGAGUAGCCCCCCCAAUCGCACCCCCGCUGGCACCUCCAUGCCUAGCCCUUCCUCGUGGAGACCGGUGUCGGCAAGGAGCGCCGUUGGCGGCGGCGGCGACGACGGCGGCGGCGGCGGGUUGGUGUCAAAGGAAAGGCGCGGAGGUCGUUCGCAUGCUGCUUCUGCUGCUGCCGAUGACUUUGAUGAAGGCACUGGUCGCAGGGGAGACGUGCCGGCGGCGGAAGAGAAUUUUCCGGGCCGCCGCAGGACAACACCAGCACCGGCGUUUGGAGGCGACCGCGACGACAUCGCACGCGGAUCUCCACUGCGAGCGCGCUCCACUCUCGUCCCGCUGUCCAGCCCGACGCUGUUCCCCCCAUUUCCCGGUGACACCGACGCCGACAUCGUGCGGGGGCCGCCGACCGACAGUCCGGGGCUGGCGCAGGAGUCUUUUGCCGGAGGCCGGGGGGCGGUCCACCGGGAUCGGGUGUCUCCCGCCGCGGCGGCGGCGGCGGCGGCGGCGGCGGCGGCGGCGGCGGCGGGUGGGGUCCACCCCCCGCAGGACGAAAUGGACGCGUUCGUGACGAGCUUUACUUUCAUACUAGAGAUCAAUCAAAUAAGAGGAGGAAGGAAGGUCGACGGUAACGAUGACUGCUUGCCCUCCUCCUCCUCCUUCUCCUCGCCGGGGGGGCGGGCCGUCUGCCUGUCGCCGUCACGCGGUGGCCUUCCAGCAAGAAUUUCGCGCGUGAACGGCGUCGUCGGGGGCCGGGGCUCUGCCGCCGUCCCCGGGGGAAACGCCGGGGAGCUGGAGGAGUCUUUGGCGGCUACAUCGCGGAUGGUCAACCCCCCGUCUCUGCCGCGGCCUCCUACCGGUGCCCACGACGACGGCGAGGGAGACGGUGGCAGAAGCGGAACGCGAUCGCGGCGACAAUGUCCCGCGGGGCCUCCGAGCGGGGUAGAGGACGACGCGACGGAUCUCAACGAGCAGUCGCUGACUUCGGACAGCAUCCUGUUUUACCUCUCCGGUCAACAGCAGGAGUCGAUGGCGGCCUCCCCGCCGAUGUUGGCCGAGGAGGCAACGGGGGGGGAAUACGCCAAGAGCGGUCGAACACUUGAGAGCCGUGGUUCGGGAAUCGCCACCAAUAGGUUAGGGAAGGAGUCGUCCCAGGUGGACGGGCGCGACUACCCGUGGGAGGGCAGGAGCAGUGCGGCAGGUGCCGCGAGGCCAUCGACGUUGACGUCGCCUAGGACGGGGGCCUCGGCCCGAGCUGACGGAGGCGGAGGCGGCGGCGGCGGUGGUGACGGGGGUCAGAUGUCUCCGUUGACACGCCUGCUGGCAGAGACGCCCGUCCGGCUGCACGCUGCUUCGGGCGUAAGCGCUGCUUCGGGCGUACACGCUCCGGGCGACUUUCGUGUAGAGCGCGGAGUGGGCUCAUCAGCACGAUUGCCCUUCAGGUCCGAUCCUCAAGCGUACCGACUCGCGACGGGUGGGAACAACACCGACGGCGGCCGGACGAAACAGCAAGAGGCAGACUCUCUGUCCGGCGAAGCCUCGUGGCUCAGCCGGGCGGCCGGCGGUAACGACGGCGACGGCGCCGCCGCCGCCGCCGCCGCCGGGGUAGGGAGGCGAACGCGGGCUCUCUGGGGGCGUCCAGCCUCCGGGGGCACCGCCGGUUCCGGGGGCUCCGCAGAAAGGGCAGAGGGCGUAGAAACCGUUGCCGAGGCUCUGUCGCGAAGGGGGAUCGGGAUGCCCUGGGAAGAGCUGUCGUUGUCGGAGGCGCGGGCGGCGAGUCCGUUGCAUUCGUAGACAGACGUUAGCGGCAAGCGCGCGCACGCGGGGGGGGGGAGGUACUGAUGUUUUGCAAGGCGCGCGAGGGGGGGGGGAGGGGUAUACAUGCUUAUUUUUGGCCUCUCUGUGCUUCCUGGAAGCACGGAGGUAGCGAGCGAUGCGAGUUGGUGUUCCUUUUUUUUGUUGCUGUUGCCAUUUUAGAACCGUAGAGCACGCGGCGGCUUCUAGUUGGCUCUUGUUGUAUCCCGGGAUAUCUUCGGUCGUCCCUGUCCACCUUUUUACUGCGGUAGCGCUGAUACAUACGAGGAACGGGAUGAUGUACGAGGGUAGGAGAUAGAUCGAUGAAGGCUUUCGUAGUUGCGACGGCAUUCGCGCGAUGCUCCAGCGGUCCUCACGCGGUCUGUCUCGCAGCUGGGUGUCAGCCUGUACCUGAUGUGUGUUCAAGCUUUCUUUCCUGCUGCUUGCAUUUGUGUUCAAUCACCCGCCACGGAAUAGUUGGUAAUCGUGUGCUUGUGUGCCCGUUUGUUACAAGAGAAGUGUGUUUUUGGUUCACGUUCCACCUUUCUUCGAAAGGCCAUCAAUAUCAAUGUUGCCGGGCAAAUGUCGAAAAUAAAUUUAUAAUCCGUUGUCUCGCGACCAAAAGCGGUCGUGUUUCUGGUGUCAGCCUCCACUCUCAGCUCGCGGAGGCAGCUUAUCUCGUCCUCGCCGACAAAUACGUUUUUUUUCUUCUAAAAUUAUGGGUUUUUUUUCUUUUUUGUAUCCUCGUUCCAGUGUAGUAUCGGUCGGAGCUGGCAGAGUUCGCUCUUCAGUUGUGUCAUCGGGGAUCGAUGUGCAUGGACAGAGGAAGGAGUACGUACGUGUGGACGGAAACAGAGUUACCUCACGGAGCCCCGCCCGCGGCUGAGACUCUUGUGAAACGGAAUCGUUUUUUGUGUACAGGUUGGGUGAGCGUUGGAUCGAUCGAUGAUGAUGUGCAUGGAGAGAGACGAAGGAGCGACACGUCAUGAUCGCGGUGUUGGGUGGACGGUGAGGGAGCUUUUCCCCUGCGGAGCCUCACCAUGAGACUCGGGAAACUCUUGUAGGAACGAGAUCAUUCUUGUGUAGAUUGGGUGCUGAACUCGAAUCGGUGAUGAGAAGCUCUCGGUAGUUCGACUGCAAGCACACUGACUGGUGGAAUGUUGUGGAGAUAGAUGGCGAACGGUGUUUGCCCCUUUUGUAUGGGGUGGCGACAUGGUGCUUUUCCUGGGCGCAACUCAGCUAUUGUAGUAAGAAGCAGGAAGGAUUGUUGAAAUGAUGUUACUACGGUAGCAUGAAUGUUAUAGUCGGUACGCCAGUAGAUGAUAAGCAUAACGUGAUUCUCUUUGUUCUCCCUCUCUCCCCUUGACGGGAGAUUGCACACCGUGGAGGUGGCGAGUUACCUGAUACCAUGUGCUGUCUCGUU